UAAUGAUCGGCAAUGGAGUCUCCACCUGGGAAAACGGGCGGGCCCUGACCCACAUGGUGGGCCUCUCUACCGAUUUGCACACCCGACAUGCGUCAAUCUUUCACCUUUGUUGCUGGCGCCUACCAUCCAUUGUUCAACCUGGGAAAAAGUGACAGCCCGACCACCACACCUAAUCGAGCCAUCAGGGCUCCUACUUUGCCCAGAAUGGCGACCGGAGUGGAUGCCAAACUGCUCAAGGCGACCAAGUUCCCGCCCGAGUUCAAUCAGAAGGUGGACAUGCGCAAGGUCAACCUGCAGGUGAUGAAGAAAUGGAUCACCGGUAGGAUUUCCGAGAUUCUCGGCAACGAGGACGACGUCGUGAUUGAGCUUUGCUCAAACCUGAUCGAGGACAACCGAUUCCCCGACAUCAAGAGCAUCCAGAUCCAGAUCACUGGGUUCCUCGAUAAGGACACCCCCACAUUCUGCAAGGAGCUAUGGAAUCUCUGCCUGAGCGCCCAGGCGAGCCCUCAAGGUGUCCCGAAAGAGCUUCUCGAGGCCAAGAAGCGGGAGUUACUUCAGGAAAAGAUUGAAGCCGAGAAGGCUGCCGAAAAAGCGGCCGAGGAAGCUCGACAGAGACGCGAGGCACUGGCUGGCCGAGACCGUGGCGGUCGCGGCGAGGGUCGUUUUGACAGCUGGCGCGGUGGCGGCGGCCGUGGGCGCGGCGGAGGGUUCGGCGACAGGGACUUUGCAAGGCGUGGAGGAGCGGGCCGUGGGAGAGAUCGAUCUCGAUCGCCGCCUGGCCGUGGCGGCGGAGACUCGUACCGUGCCCCUCCGCGCGAUACCUACGUUCCGCGGGGCCGACAGGGAGGACCUGGAGGAAGGCGUGCAGACACACGGCGCAGAUCCCCCACCCGGUCGGCAUCGGCUGGCUCUGGAAGCUCUCGGUCCUCGUCUCGCAGUGGUAGUGCAAUGAGUGUCCGCCGCUCCGUGUCUCGGUCGCCAUCGCCGUCCCGCCGGCGCCGAGCGGCCGAGCCGCGGUACCGAGGGGCGCGGAAGCGGUCCCGCUCGGCAGGACGGUCCUUCCGAUCGCGUCGUCGCUCGUCAUCAGGAGAGAGCAGCUCUCGGUCCCCAUCCCCCAAGCGCCGUCGCCGGUCUCGCUCGCGGGGCAAGUCGGGCGAACGACACCGAGGUCGCUCCAGAAGCGUCUCGUCGUCAUCAUCAGACCGCCGUUCGGCUUCCCGCAGCCCAAAGCCGGCACGCCGAUCGGGACGUGCUAGCACAAGCCGUAGCCCUUCUCACGAUGAUAGUCGCAGGUCCCGGCGGGGUGGAAAGAGGGCGCGGUCGUCGACCCGCAGUAGCAGCCCGGCCGGUGCUAGGGACAACAGGCGUCGUCGCCCACACAGCCGGCGGCGCUCGCCGAGCCGCAGCCGUGGUAGACGACGGAGCCCUGAUCGGAGCCGACGCCGUAGCCGUGGCGGCUCACGGCAUGGGCGGCAUGGUUCGAGUGGAAAGAGACGCCUCAGUCCCUCGGUUUCACCCCCGAGACAGCCGCGAGACACUUCAGCUGAUGCUUCUCGAGCUAAAGACAGGCGACCGCAGCUGCCCGCCAGCGAAGCUCCUGCCGCAGCCUCGAGCUUGCCAACAAAGACCACAACGAUCGCGAAACAAGAAGCAAAUCUCCAGCGAGAGAAGGAACUGAAGGAGAGAAUCAUCAAGAUGAGGAGAUCCUCGAAGAGUGGCCCCAGCAAUGCACAAGGCUAACCCAUGGCUGAAGCAUCAAAAGUCACGCGCCCGCCCACCACCGCAUUCCCCUCACUGCUCCCUUACCCUAUGCGAAGGUCGGCCGGCAUUGCAUCUACCCCCUUGCUCGCCAGUAUCUACCCCGGCGAAUGCCACAGCCCAGCCAGCGCCAUCCCUCAGGGCAACAGGUUCCGUCCUCGACGACCACCAAGGGGUCGCACGCUCACAUGAAGUCAUGCAAGUGGUAAGGAGGCCAACUUACAUGACGCGCACUUGACAUAAUAACGAGCUGUUUAAACCUGUAUUGAUAUGUAUGGAAAUAUCGACGAGGCUGGCGAAAUUGCGCGUGCGGGAGACCAAGGAACAUUGAUAGCUCUAUACCCAGUCAUCUCAAUAGCUUUGGUCCAUAGCUAGCGGUUCUUUUCACACAAAUCAUGCAGCCUGGUCUUUUUAUUUUUAUUUUUAUUUUAUUUUUAUCAGUUUGUAGAUUCCUGUGCCGGUCAAUUCAUAUUUUCAGUGUUGACAGGGAUUCACGGCUAGUGCUGCAGGAACCACCAGACUUGCACUGU